GUCAUUGAGAAAAACAUGAUCAUUCUAGCACAUUCCCAUACAAAAAUGGAUAGUGAUACUCAAAUCGAAACAAAACCAAUCGAAAUCACCAAUGAGCCAGAGACUAAAGAGGAAAAUAAAAAAGUCGAAAACAGAGAAAGUUCCGAACAAAGCAAUGUAAUAGACGUUAUCGGUAAUGGUCAAUUGGUGAAAAAGGCGAUAAAAGUGGGCGAAGAUGAUUAUAAACCACAACGAGGAAAUAUUUGCAAAAUCAAUUUGAUUGGUAAAUUGGAAGAUGGCACAAUUGUUGAAGAAUUCAAAAAUUAUGCAGUUCAAGUUGGUGAUGUUGAGGUGGUGCAAGGUGUUGAUAUGUCACUUCCACUAAUGACUGUUGGUGAAUUGGCCGAAAUCACAUGCGAUCCACGUUUUGCAUACGGUGCACAAGGUUUAACGAACGAAAAUGACAAUACAAAAAAUAUUCCAGCAAAUGCAAAGGUAAUUUAUAAUGUGGAAUUGCUCGAGUGUCACGACGAAGACGAUCUCGAGAAUGUUCCAUACGCAUCUAGACAAUCAAUCGGCAAUCACAAACGUGAACGAGGGAAUUUUUGGUACGAUCGAGCUGAAUACAAUUUGGCUAUUCAACUAUAUCGCCGAUCGUUAGAAUACUUAGAUGACACCGAUAAAUAUGUUGGUGAUAACUCGAAAAUGGAUGAGUUUACAAAUGAUCAGUUGCAAGAAUUGUUGGAGACUCGUGUAAAAGUAUACAAUAAUUUGGCAGCUGCUCAAAUGAAAAUAUCGGCAUUCGAUGUGGCACUCGUAUCCGUGGACAAUGUACUACGAUGUCAACCAGAAAAUGUGAAAGCACUCUUCCGAAAGGGAAAGAUUUUGGAGGCCAAAGGCGAUAUUAAGGCUGCAAUUCCAGUUUUACAAAAGGCUGCUAUUCUUGACGCAGAUAGUCGGGCAAUUCAACAGUUACUCUCAAAGUGCAUAAUGAAGUCUCGUCGCGAGGCGCGUAAUGAAAAGGACAUGUACCAAAAAAUGUUCAAUCAAACGCAAAAAUUGGAAUCGAAAGGAAAACAUUCCAAAACAUCAGGAGAUCAGGAUAUGCCAAAAUUCAAACUCUGGGGUUACUUAGGUUCAAUUCUAAUCGUUGUGGCUGGCGUGGCAAUUUAUCGUUACAAAUAUUUUUAAGAAAUUCAUCGAUUCAUCAUACAAUUGAAAACUUUUAUAAACAAAAACAUCAUAUGUAAUAACAUUUAAUGCCAAGAAUUUAGUUAACAAAGUUUAUCGCAGAUAAAAUCCGCAUGAAACCGAUUUAUUUAAACAUUUUAAGUUAAAUGUGGAAAUGGAAAUUAUAUCACAACAAAAAAAAAUCUUUCUUUCCCUGUUUAUUGAGUAUAAAAUUACCGUUAAAAUUUAUUAUUAUUAUUAUUAUUUUUUUGUUCAUCGAUGAAAAACAAAGUGUCUAAAAGUGACGUAAAAUAAAUAUCAAAAUGGUCUAGGAAAUUUAAAGCACGUUUGUCAAACAAAUUAAAUGUGGAUUUAACAAACAAA